UUUCUUUCCAUUCUUCUCCCGUCCCGUGAUUGCGCCGGAGGUUUCGCGCAUCUAUACAGAGAUGGACAAGAGUCGCAGGGACGCUUCAGACCAAUUUUCCGAAAUUAUUGAGCUCAAUGUCGGAGGGCAGGUUUACGUUACGCGGCACUCAACUUUGCUCUCCGUGCCAAAUUCUCUACUUUGGACCAUGUUCAGUCAGAAAAAACCCACGGAACUUACAACGGACAGCAAAGGACGCUUCUUUUUGGACAGGGACGGCUUUUUGUUCAGAUAUAUUUUGGAUUACUUACGGGACCAGACUCUGGUUUUGCCUGAUUACUUCAAAGAGAAGGCGAGCCUUCUCAAAGAGGCAGAAUAUUUCCAACUUAAAGACCUGGCGAGACGCUUGAGACCGGCGGUUAGUAAGGAGAACUCUAUCAGCGAGGAGGUGUGUCAGAGCUACCCGGAGGAGACUGCACUCUCCGGCGCGCUCGCCGGUACCAGUAUCACCUGCACUGGCCCUCGCUCGCCGUCUGUGGACGCGAGGAAAAUCGGCUACAUAACAAUCGGUUACAGGGGGUCCUACACCAUAGGACGAGACAUCCAACAGGAUGCCAAAUUUCGGCGGGUGGCGAGGAUCACAGUGUGCGGCAAAACGUCUCUGGCCAAAGAAGUUUUCGGGGAGACUCUAAACGAAAGCAGAGACCCCGACAGACCCCCUGAGAGAUACACGUCUCGGUAUUACCUUAAGUAUAAUUUCCUGGAGCAAGCCUUCGACAGGCUGGCUGAGUUGGGCUUCCACAUGGUUGCUUGUAGCUCCACGGGCACCUGCGCGUACGCGAGUAAUGACCCCAACGAGGACAAAAUCUGGACGAGUUACACCGAGUAUGUGUUUUGCAGGGAUUGAAGUGGACUCUGUGACUCUUUUUAAAAGUGUAAUGCCAGACGUUACGCACCACAUUAAUGUGUAGUUUUGUGCCACAAUGCCAACAUGUAAACUCAAGUUAGGGACCUUUUAAAGUUGGACAGACGUUUUGUGCAUAGGUGUGUGUGAGUAAUUAUUUAAUAACAAUUAUUCCUAGGAUGCAAACGUCUUAACCAACCACCGAUGGCAAUGAUCAGUGUUCAGCUAACAGGCUGGAAGCACAAACAUACUGUCAGUGAUAUUACAUUUUGAAAAGAUUUAGGAUAAUAAUUUGUGAAACAAAUACAUUUUUCUAAAACUCAAAUUCGUAUUACUUUUUGAUAUUUAAAGUUCCUUAAAUUCUUUAAUAGAAUGGGAUUCGUUUUAUUUCUCAAAAAGAAAAACAGAGAAAAACAUAAGGUCAGCUUUAUUAAAUGUAAUCUCGGUAGCAAUACCCUCAACAACAAAAGUCAGAUAGCAACUUGUUCCAUAAUAGCUAAAUACUGUAUAUACUCUGCUUUUUACUGGAUCUGUAUACCUCAUACUUCUUAGACAAUGUCUGAAGAUAAUUCAUGUUUUUUUUAUGUGUUUGCAUUUCAAUGUAUCAAACCUUUAACUCUUCGCCAUGAUGUCUGUCAGCUUCACACACAGAAUAAACUAAUCAUGAAAGAUA